AUGAGUUCAGGUAAAAUAUUUGUUAUUUUUUUUUUUGUUUUUUCUUUUUUUCGCCGUUUUCUUUUUCUCACUUUUUUCUUCUUUUUUUCUCUCUUUUUCAUCUUUUCCUUGUUUCUCUCUUUCUUUCCCUUUACUUUUCUAUUAUUUUUUGUUUUUCUUCCUUUUCUUUUUCUUCUUUUCUUUCUUCUUUCUUUCUUUUCUUUGUUUCUCUUUCACGCAUCAAAACAAGAAAUGUGUUUUACUUUUUCUUCGUGGAUGACGGGGAGGACAGCAAUAGCCAUUUCCACACUCUCUCUCUCUCUCUUUCUCUUUCAUAACGACGUUUCCUUCUCUCUUCUUCCCCAUUCCUCCCCUUCAAUACAUUCCCUCCCUUAUUAUCUCAUGAAACCUAUCUAUCGGACGAUCUUUUUAGCUCUCAUCAGAUUCUCUUUCUAUUUACAUGAAAAAGGACCUUUCUUCUCUCACUUCAUGAAAAGGAGAAAAUAUCCUCCCUCAUCUCCUCUCUUUCUCGUCUCUCUCUUUUUUCUUCAGUCUAUCUACGUCCAUCUAUCUAUCUAUCUAUCUAUCUAUCUAUCUAUCUCAGUCCUUUUCAUUAUCUAUCUAUCUAUCUAUCUAUCUAUCUAUCUAUCUAGGAUAUUUUUUGUCUUACCGAAUUUACCCCGAGCUGUACAAGACUUUUUCUUUGGACAUUCUUCGGAGCUCAAUCCACCCCAGCUUCGCCAGUCAAGAUUUUCUUCCUCCUUCCCUCGGAAAACACCACUGCCCCCAUUUGCAAUACACAUCCUCAUCAAACACCCCGUUCCAAUAACAUUGCAGCCGAAGACAUUUUCCUCCUCCCAACAACUCACUUUUCCACCAGCACAACGUCUAGUCCAUAUUAGAUUUUCUUUUCUAAAAUAUGGGGACGUCUGCUCUAUUAAAAUCAAGAAUCUGGAAGAAAGUACCACAAGAAGUCUUUCCUUCUUCUCCUCUGAAAGCACCACUGUCCCCAUUCAAAAUGUUUCAUCCCCCUCCCUUGAUCAUAUUUCUAUCCUCCCAACACCCCACUUUCAAUUUGUCGUCCCCAAAGCCAAACACCUCCCAGCAGAGUUCUUCUUCUCUUUCUGUUUUGUAUGUGCGAAUCAUUCCGUCUGUCUGUCUGUUUGUCUGUCUGUCUGCCUAUAUCUCACUCUGUUCAUAUCUAUCUAUCUAUCUAUCUAUCUAUUUUACACUGUUCAUAUCUAUCUAUCUAUCUAUCUAUCUAUCUAUCUAUCUAUCUAUCUAUCUAUCUAUCUAUCUUUCUAUCUAUCUAUCUAUCUAUCUAUCUAUCUAUCUAAUCUUCAUGAAACUAUUCAACAUUUUCACCCCUCUCUCAUCAUUACACGUUCUCUCCCCCCCUUUCUGUCAUCUAUAACACGUAAAGAAACUCACGUGUCGUGUUUCAUUAAUGAUGAUGAUGUUACGAGUCCAUUUUUCUUUUCUCUGUCCGGAACAGACAAACCGCUCUCUUUAAUUCCAACCUGCCCUUCUAUUCCGGACCCAAGAGUAGACGGUUGUGGCUCAUCACAGCAUUCAUCUCUUUCUGCAAUAUCUGGGGUGUGGCCAUGCAAAAACAAAAACCUACUUGGAAUUUCCAUCUAA